GAACCGCUUGGCGCGGCUUGUCAGUCAGUGAGUGUGCUGUCGCGUUGCAUGGAGUGUGCUGGAGUCGCACAGCCUGAGAGCUCGUGAGCCGCCGUCAUACGCUGCCAUGGACUCUCCUCAGAUGUACGACAACGUGCCGUCCGCUCUAGACUCGCAGAAGAAGCAGCUUCAACAUCACAUCAAGCGGUACACGGACCUCGCUGACCUGAACACGCCGGAGAUCAGCCUGGACCUCCAGAAUCUGAUAGACGGAAGCGAGUUCGGUAGCGAACUGUUUACAGACAUUCUCAACGGCCCUAAACAACCCAACGCCGUCAAUGUCAGGCCACCCUUCCAGCCGCGGACGACGCUGGCGUAUAUGCCGCAGCCCGUGCACUUCGAGAGUAGCAAUUCCAACUCUACCGGAACUAGCAUCAAGGAGGAGCCCACGGAGGGCAGUGACUACAGGACCCAGGUACCCAACUACUCGGUGAUCAGCAACAACGGGGGCGGUACCUCCUUCAGCACGCCCUCGCCGCUGCUGAAGAACCAGCUGAACCACCAUCACCACCAUCAGCACCGCAAGGGUAACAAGAGUGUGGACAAGAACACGGACGAGUACAAGCGGCGGAGAGAGAGGAACAACAUCGCCGUCCGCAAAUCGCGGGAGAAGGCCAAGAUCCGGACGAGGGAAACCGAGGAAAAAGUGAAGUUGUUAGUGAAGGAAAACGAACGAUUACAGAAACGGAUCGAACUGUUGAGUGAGGAGUUGAACGUGUUGAGGUCGCUGUUCACGAACGUGGGAGUCCUACCUGAACAUCUACACAGGGAGUUGAACAAACACCUGGACUCGUAUCAGCACGGGAUACAGUGACAAACAGUGAGAGUGUGAGUGGUUACUGGUGACCAGUGCACGGACGACCACGGUAUGUCCUAGGCCUAGUACAAUGACGACACCGUAUUUAUUAUCACUGACCGAAAGGUAGCUGUUUACCAUUAACUUAGUUUCAUCGACCUCAGUAAAGUCUGGCCCGAAAUACGCUUAUCUCUGUCUGUCUUUGCCAAAGUUCGAGAUAAUGUUAGAUACACUAACCUCAUUCACCGCUCUGUCGGGGACGGAACGCUCUGAUACUGAUUCACGCCUUAUCGCAGAGUGCGUAGUUUCGAUAAGAUAAACGUUCUAAAUUUUAAGGCAUAGCCUCUUGUUAACGUUUUGGACUAUUUAUCGUGUUACUUAUUUUUCGGGUGAUGUUUUUAGAAAUUAAAAGUCUAUUUUGAAAAAUUGUUGUUCGAAACAACUCGUGAGAGAUAUUUUGUAAUGUUUAUAUCUAAUGUGCCUUCAGUAAACCCUAUUUUGUGCAGCUAAAAUUAGGCCUAAAUUGAACCGGAGGGUGCCGAAAAAUUCUAAAUAGGUGCUAGCAAAAUGUUGUUCCCAAAAGAUGCCUUAAAGUUGGGCUUUAAAAGACAAUAAAUUAUUCGAUUUAAGUUUAAUAUAUAGGCCUAGUUACGAUUAUCUACUUGCAUGUUACCUAAAGUUACCUUGUCCUUGUCGAUGCAGCUUUCGUUUUCAUAAAAUGAAGUUUGUACCAUUUCGAUGACUGAUGUUUUAGGAUAAAUGUCUUGUUUUAAACCUUUCCCCCCUUAAAUCACAAUAUUUUGUUUGCACUCUUCAAAAACCUCAGCCCGUUGCUCUUUCAACUUUCAAGGCCUAAUCGUAUGUUAGAUCUCCUACUCUCUCAUAGACAGCUAUUAGCAGGUAGUCUUCUCUCUUGAUUCUUUGGUUGUGCCUUGUUGAAUGAUUUAUUUAUUACAUUUUGUACAUGUAUAAAAUACAUUAACGUGUAAAGAUACUAUUUUGUUAUGAGAUAUCUUCUAUGGAUAUAUGUACAUUGUAGAUGGAUAGAUUUAUGUAUUAUUAUCAUUAUUUAUGACUUAUCGUACCUUAAUGUAAAAACUUCUUAAAUUGUCUGUCUUUUGUUUGUUAGUUGAAUGUUACCAUUUGAUUCUCGUGAGUGAUAGGUUUGUUAGUUUCAACAAAACAGACAAAUUCGUCGUAGCUUAUUAAUUAAAACUGAGCCCCUUUACUCUUACGUUGUUUGAAAUAUCCCAACCGUGUUUUAAUCAUCGGAGCCACGUACUUAAUUAAAUUUGAAAACUUUUAGCUCUUUUAGCUGCUAAUUAGAUAAUAUUGUUUUCGAAAUUAUGAAUCCGUGUGUUUCAAACAUGCAAAACGAAGUAUAGCAUACUUCGUUUUUAUUUCUUGAAUAGGACAUGUUGUAUCGCAAAAAUUAGAGUGGCUUAUUUUAGAAAUCGUGUUAAUAUUAAAAGUAAACUCCAUUCUUGUUUAGAAAAAUUGUGGCAAAUUAGCAACACUAACAAAAGCUGACUAAAUCAAAUUGAAACCAUUUUAAAAAAUCUUUCAUUUACAAAUCUAACAAACGAACCGUAAUUUGUCUGUUUUAACCAUGUUUUGUUGUAGAGCGUAUUAUAGGUUAAGACGAACUGCCUGAGUCUAGGAUUAUGUUUUCAAAGCUAUUAUGUGUUGUUUCCUAAUUUUUUAAAAGAUAAAAUAAGUCUCAAUAUUGUAAAAUAUUUUUAUGUACAAAGAGUAAUUUUGUAAAAUAUAGAUAAUUAUUUCUUUACAA